AUGGCCGCCCAGGCACCACUCUGGUGCCCCUUUGAACUAUAUUUCCCAAGUGACUUUGUGGCCUUACCAGUGCGCAUGCGUGACACUACGAGGAACUACAUUUCCCAACGUCUCAGAGUGCCUGGUGAAGAAUGUGAUGGGAUCACUAGGAUAUCUAUGGAGAGCGGCCCUGGGACAAGAUUGAGAAAUCGGCCAGUAAUGGGGGAUGGUCUAGAAACCUCCCAAAUGUCUACAAUGCAGGCCCAGACCCAACCCCAGCCAGCAAAUGCAGCCAGCACCAAUCCUCCACCCCCAGAGACCUCCAACCCUAUUAAGGCCAAGAGGCAGACCAACCAACUGCAAUAUCUGCUCAGAGUGGUGCUCAAGACACUAUGGAAACACCAGUUUGCGUGGCCUUUCCAGCAGCCUGUGGAUGCCAUCAAGCUGAGCCUCCCUGAUUACUAUAAGAUUAUUAAAUCACCCAUGGAUAUGGGAACAAUAAAGAAGCGCUUGUAAAACAACUAUUACUGGAAUGCUCAGGAAUGUAUCCAGGACUUCAACACUAUGUUUACAAAUUGUUACAUCUAUAACAAGCCUGAAGAUGACAUCGUCUUAAUGGCAGAAGCUCUGGAGAAGCUCUUCUUGCAAAAAAUCAAUGAACUGCCUACAGAAGAAACUGAGAUCAUGAUAGUCCAGGCAAAAGGAAGAGGACGAGGGAGGAAAGAAACAGGGACAGCAAAACCUGGUGUAUCCAGGGUACCAAACACAACUCAAGCAUCAACUUCUCCGCAGACCCAGACGCCUCAGCAGAACCCUCCUCUACCCGUGCAGGCCACAACUCACCCCUUUCCUCCUGUCACCCCAGACCUCAUUGCCUAGCCUCCUGUCAUGACAAUGGUGCCCCCCCUACCACUUCAGACUCCUUCACCGGUACCCUCACCCAGCCCAGCAGGUGGGGGUCCACCUGCUCCAGUUCCACAGCUUGUGCAGAGUCACCCACCCAUCACUGCGACCACCCCACAGCCUGUGAAGACAAAGAAAGGGGUGAAGAGGAAGGCAGAUACCACCACCCUGACCACCAUCGACCCUGUUCAUGAGCCACCCUCACUGGCCCCGGAGCCCAAGACCGCCAAGCUGGGUCCUCGGCGGGAGAGCAGCAGACAUGUGAAGCCCCCAAAGAAGGAUGUACCGGACUCACAGCAGCACCCAGGGCCAGAGAAGAGCAGCAAGACCUCGGAGCAGCUAAAGUGCUGCAGCGGCAUCCUCAAGGAGAUGUUUGCCAAGAAACAAGCUGCCUAUGCCUGGCCUUUCUACAAGCCUGUGGAUGUGGAGGCACUGGGUCUGCCCAACUACUGUGACAUCAUUAAACAUCCCAUGGACACGAGCACAAUCAAGACUAAACCAGAGUUCCGAGAGUACAGAGAUGCCCAGGAUCUUGGUGCUGAUGUCCGAUUGAUGUUCUCCAACUGCUACAAGUAUAACCCUUGUGACCAUGAAGUGGUAGCCAUGGCUCGAAAACUCCAGGACGUGUCUGAAAUGUGCUUUGCCAAGAUGUCUGAUGAGCCUGAAGAGCCAGUUGGUACAGUGUCCUCUCCUGCAGUGCCACCCCCUACAAAGGUGGUAGCCCCACUCUCCUCUAGUGACAGCAGCAGUCAUAGUUCUUCCAACAUUGACAGUUCCACUAAUGACUCCGAGGAAGAGGGAGCCCAGCGGCUGGCUGAGCUCCAGGAACAGCUCAAAGUUGUACAUGAGCAGUUUGCAGCCCUCUCACAGCCCCAGCAGAACAAACCAAAGAAAAAGGAAAAGGACAAGAAGGAAAAGAAAAAGGAAAAGCACAAAACGAAAGAAGUGGAGGAAAAUAAAAAAAGCAAAACCAAGGAACUUCCUCCCAAAAAGACAAAGAAAAAUAACAGUAGCAACAGCAAUGUGAGCAAGAAGGAACCAGCAUCCACGAAGACCAAGCCGCCUCCCACAUGUGAAUCAGAAGAAGAGGACAAGUGUAAGGCCAUGUCUUAUGAGGAGAAGCUGCAGCUAAGUCUAGAUAUCAACAAACUUCCUGGUGAGAAGCUAGGCCGUGUAAUACACAUAAUUCAGUCGAAGGAACCAUCACUUAAAAACUCCAACCCUGAUGAGAUUGAGAUUGACUUUGAGACCCUGAAGCCAGCUACACUACGAGAGUUGGAGCGAUAUGUCACCUCCUGUUUGCAGAAGAAAAGGAAACCUCAACCUGAAAAAGUUGAUGUGAUUGCUAGUUCUUCCAAGAUGAAGGGCUUCUCACCCUCUGAGUGGGAGAGCACCAGCGAAUCUAGCUCCUCUGAUGGUGAAGACUUUGAAACAGGUCUUGCCUAAUCAUUGGACACGGACUCUUAAUAAAAGGGUCUUCAGUCCCAGAUUCC